AUCCCGAUGAAAAUGACAAUAACAAUAUGUGUACCGUAAUUAUUGCAUUAAUGCUCAAGGACACGCGUGGCCAACAGAAACAGAAAGCUCAAUCAUUGUCAUUUGGAUUUUAUGUUUAUAAUCUCAACACUUCAAAGAUUGUGCCGAAACCAUUAGACACAAAUUUUUUUGAAAAUAACGAUCCUUUAGAUAAAGUCCAUUGUUCUGAGUUCAAACCAAGAGAAGUCUGUAAGAGAUUUAGGAUACCUCCUGGUAAAUAUUGUAUUGUACCUUACACGUCUAACCAGAAUGAAGAAGGUGCGUUUUUACUCAGAGUAUAUUCAGAAAAAAAAAAUAAUUUGGCGGAGUUCGACAAUGAAGUAGGAAUGGUUGAAAUUGAUGAUAAGAUAAAAAAAUUGGCACUAUACAGCAAAAAAAGUGACGAUUCAAAUGAAAAAUUAAAAAAAUACUUCCUUAAAGUAGCUGGGAGUGACAAAGAGGUCGAUUGGAUGGAUCUUAAAAAUAUUUUGGGUUUUGCUAUGAAAGAUACUGUUCACACAAAAUUUUCAAACGAUGUAUGUCGUUGCUUGAUUGCUAUGAUGGAUUGGGAUAGAUCAGGUAAACUUGGUUUUAAAGAAUUCCAAAGACUAUGGAUAGACAUUAGACAGUGGCAGGUUGUUUUUAAAACGUACGAUAAAAAGAACAAAGGUUAUAUCAAAGGAUUCGAACUAAGACCAGCAUUAAGUUCGGUUGGUUACAAUAUUAGAACACGUACCAUAAACACUAUGUGUCAUCGGUAUGCAAAUAAAAAAGGAUACAUAGUGUUCGAUGAUUUCAUUAUGUGUGCUAUAAGACUUAAAACCACGAUAGAUAUAUUUAAAGAACGCGACUCUGAAAAUAAAAAUGUUGCCUCAUUUACAUUGGAAGAAUGGGUUGAAAAAACAUUUUAUUCGUAAAUUUAAAUAUAAAUUGAGUUUUAUUUUUAUUUAAAAGUUUAGU